AUGUCCUUCAGGAUCAAUCUCCCCGAUGGCCGGGCCCACAGGGAGGAGGAUGUCACCCAGGCCAGACUGGCCGCCAUGAGGAAUUCCGCCCUCGCCGCUGCCACACCACGAGAAGGCACUCCCCUGCCCGGCGACAUGAGGCUCGACGGCUCCCUCUCAGUAGAUACCUCGUCGCCUGCUCUGUCGCCUGGUCCCGCCCGGAGACAUGUCGUCUUUCCCGACCCCGUUGCUUUCAGAUAUCUUUCUGAAGACCCCUUAGUCCAGAUAGUCCAGAGUCGAGGCGAACUUAACGGCUAUGAGCUCUACCUUGUCGAACAAUGGGCGUGCUCCCGACUGUCUCCCACCCUCGUCAUCGUUACAUAUACCGGCGAUCCAAAGUCUUCGGUCGUAGUAGGAGUGCUCUCUGUGCCGGCCGACGAGGAUGAAUGGUCCCCGAGACUCAAGGUCUACUUCAAGGCCUUGCAGAUUUAUCAUGCCAGGCCGAAAGAGACGGAGCUGGGCGAGCUGAUGGUCACCAACCUCAGCAGCUUCCCCUCGGCCCUCACCGUCAUAUUCGUGCCGGAUGGCGAUAUCAAAAAGCACAGGCAGGCCUUCAUCGUGAACGAGGACCUCAAGAGGACCGGUUGCUCGGGUCGAUCCGGCAUGACCUUGUCAGAUCCCACUCCGGCCACCCAUGCCAAGUUCUACUCAACUUACAAGAUCCACGAGAAGGUCCCCUUAUUCGAGGCCGUCAUGGAGCUGGUCAAGCUGUGUCAAGUGGCACUGUUCAUAUUUGGCAUGCUGGACCAAGAGUACAUUGAUGGUCUGCUUUGUGAUAUCACUGAGACAGCAAUUGGGAACUGGUGGACCGAGGUUGGAUCCGAGUACUACAACAUGGAGCCAACCGAUGGCAUCCUGGGGCCCACCACAGUAGCCGCACUCCUCGGUAUGCUCAUAGGCGCGAGAAAUCGCCUGAGCUCGUAUGGUGUCACCGUGGCCAAGGAUGUCUUCGAGAUCGAAAGCACCAAGCGUGGCAUUGGGCAUUUUCAGAAGUCUCACAAGCUGGAGAGGACUAGGAGACUCGACCGCCAGACACUUCUGCAAUUGCACAAGUCCACUGCAAAGGCCGCAGCCGGGGAAGAAUGGGGUGUGCAGAAAGCAAUCGGAGCUACGGUGUCCCAGUUCGGGAAAAGGGGCGAGAUCCUCAGUGGGGUCAUUGGUACUCGCGAGAAAGCGGGAAUUGGUGAGAUCGAGACGGUCGACAUCGACAAAUUCAAAGAGCUCGUGUCUGGUGAGCGCGCCAAAUGGCUAUGGCAGGGAAAGCCUCGAAGACUAGCCCUGGAGCACUCGGAGCGAUCAAUGCCAGAUAUGACCAACAUGCUCAAUUUCGGCAAAGAAGAAGAGAAGGAGCGUGAGAAAGAAAAGGAGAAACACAAGGACAGGGACAAGGACAGGGAGAAGGAGAAAGAUAAAGAGAGGGAGAAAGAACGAGAACGAGAGAAGAAGGAGAAGGAGCUUGAGCUUGAACGCCCAAGUCGCACUACAACCCACUCUCUGGCAUACGAAGAUCUAAACCCUACCAUGCGGCCGAAAGAACUAUCGGGUACCAUGUACUCGGCACCCACCCCGGGGUCGAGCCUUAGCAUGGCAGAAACCCCCGGAGCCGAGUCGGGCCUGCACAAGGCCGUCUUCAGGAGUGUCGCGGAUCGAGUUUCCGACGCCCGCUCCAGACUCGGUCGCAUUGGAGAUGCGGUAGGAGGGAACCGCAAGGGGCAUGCGAGCCGCCCGUCCAGAGACGAGACCGCAGAGACCGGAUUCACUAGCCCUAGCAUAGGAAGCUUGAUCCAGUCUACCGGUGCUCUGUCUAGUCCCGUCAUGUCGGGCAGGGCUUUCACAUGGAAGAACAAGCCAGAGGAAUACGCGAACGUGUUCCAAAGAAGACACCCCGAUGCUGAACAUCCUAUGGGCGAAACCACGCCGGGACCCAGGGCCACCUCUGGGAUACAAUUAUCGCCACUCCAAGAGGCGCGAAACUCCGUCUCGGUGGAGGCCCUCGAUAUCAACAAAGAUCUGACCAGCGAUCUUUCCAUGGCCCCAUCGACCGUUGAUGAGAAUGACUCUCAGAGACUCUUCCAGCUACCUGGAGGCAGCGGGGACGCAUGUUCUUCACUUCUGAAAAGGCGGCAUAGCCUGGCCGCGGGGACACCUUCCUCAGAGCAGCAGCCACUGAACGAAGACCGCUGGCCACGACGCCUAUCUUUCAGCGCCGCCUCGGAAGCUGUGCUGCGCUGGGAUGAGAUUGUUGACCUGCAGGAGGAUCCCAACACGCUCGAAGAACACCUGGCGUCCGCUGAGCUCGCACAAGCCCUCCACGCUCGGAUCGCCAACCUCUCCAGGUCCCUCUCGCCGUGGGUGUCGUCCAAGAUAGACACCGUCGAGGCCCUCGAGGAGACGUACGCCGCGCAGCAGGAGACGCUCGAGCAGGCGUACUACGCGCUGUCGGACGAGUACCAGAGGGUGAAGCAGAACUCGGCCGAGAUGAUCGCCGAGGAGAAGGGCAGGGUCACCGAAGCGAUUAAGGACGUGGAGGUCCAGGUCGCCAAGCUCGAGUACGAGAUCAACGCGCUGGUCUCCAAGGUGCAGGACGUCGAGUACGGGGUGGCGGACUUUGAGGCGAGCGUCGUCGACGUGGAGAAGCGGGCCGAGGAGCUCAAGAGCCAGCUCGAGACGGAGACCUGGGUGCAUUGGGCGGUCAGGACGUUGACUGGUAUAGGGACGGGGCCGAAUAUCCUGAGGCAGGGCUGA